ACCGGUGAGGUGAGCAUGAAGCUGGAAACGGGGCACAGAUUAGCAUUCCGUGAAAGGGAAGUCAAAGCUCUCUUGGCGCCCGGAGGGGUGAAGAAGGGGGGCUGGAGGCCGACGAUAUCUCGAUCUUGGGCAUUCACCUGAUGAAGUCGACGUCGACGGCAGCAGCGAGGGAAAGUGUCACUUUUUGCAACGGAGGAUCGACACUCCUGCGGGCCAAGAGAACAGCAGAACUGGGUACGCGAUGGCUGAAGGUAAAUGGUCGUGAUGUUGAGGCGGCUUUCGAUAGCGGUGGACGGGCCUGUGAUGGGUGCAAAGCCAAUUUGUCCAAGUGUAGCAGGCGCCAAUCAGCGGCGGCUUCUCGAACGGGUCGCUCUUUCUAGCGCAGGUUUGCCAAAGGAGCAACAGCAGCCUGCGAGAUUACGAAUGGCAGGAGCGCCCUCGCAACAACUCCCCACGAACUGUGUGCCCAUCACGACCACUCCUUCACUGCGAAACGGCAGCCUGCUCCCGCGUCGCCUCACCUGCACCCCGCAUUGUUGCUGUUGCUGUCGCUGUCGCUGCCCUCUUGCUUUCAUUGCCCGCGGCGUUGCAGACAAGCAGCCCUCCUCGCUCCGCGUCCCCAGCAACGUUACUCGGCUAACGGACCCCAAAGGCCAAGCUUCACCCAGGCCGCUCUCGUACCUCAUCUCCAGCACAACCGCCGCAACACCUCCUCCCCCAGACCUGUCUUCACCCGUUGUCUCCGCCGACUUCUUCGAGCGAGCAAUUGCCGUUGCUCUGCGCGCGCCCGUCGCCUUGCCUGCUUCUUCGCUCGCACCUGACUUAGCCUCUUCUCGGUCUCCGGCCGCUGCAGCUGCGUCCCUGCGCGAGGCCCCUGGAUCUUGCCUGCCUCGCCUCUCGACGCUGUCCUCCGCGACACCCUACCUUCGCCCCGACUCUUGACACUGUACUAUGGCCGAUAUGAACGCAGAAUCUAUCCAACAGAAAAUCCAGAUCGCCCGCCGUGAUGCCGAGGCUCUCAAGGACAGGAUAAAACGGAAGAAGGACGAGCUGGCUGACACAACCCGUACGUCGU